AUGAGCUCCUCCGCCCAACCAGAGGGAUCGUUGCCAAAGGCCGAGAAAGAGAAGAAGGGAAUCGGCAAGGUGUUUUCCAAGGUCAAGGGCGUUUGGAGGAGAGGCGACUCGGCCGGCUCUAAGCGUCAACCACCAGCUGUCGCACCCUCAGCUGCUGUUAAUGUCAGCGAUGUCGCUGCGCCUGUUACGGUUACAGAACCCAGAGUUGAAGACGCUCCUAAAUCACCUAGUAUCAGUCAUGUCGCCGUCAAAUCCGAUGCGCGGGCUGCGUAUGAGAAUAUGGCCGGAGUCAACAAGCUCUCCAGGCUCGAGCUGUUUGAAGAGCGAGCCAAAAAGUUGAACGAACGAUUUGGCCUGGAGAUUCAACCCAUGCAAUGGCAAAACGCCAUCCCUAACGACACCGUACUGCGCAUGGAUAAGCCUAUUAGAAUGCGCAUUCGACGAACCUGCCAUCGCUGCAACGCUACCUUUGGCGCUGCUAAGGAAUGCCCCAACUGCAACCAUAACCGUUGCACCAAAUGCACGCGUUACCCACCGAAGCUCUCUGAGGCCGAGGCCAUUGCCAGUCGCGAAAGGAGAGCUGCCAAGAUCAAGGCCAACCGCGAAAACGCCCCGAUACUGCCCGACUACGGCCCAGAAGACAAGAAAUUCGUGCUUACACGCCCAAGCAAGACAGGAGGCCAGGAUCUCGUCCAUAAGAAGCCUCGCCAACGUGUCCGACGAACCUGCCACGAGUGCCAGACGUUAUUCAUUGCCGGGACCAAAGUAUGCGAGAGAUGCAGUCACGUUCGCUGUACCGACUGCCCUCGAGACCCGCCAAAGAAGGACAAAUAUCCAUUUGGGUAUCCCGGCGAUGAGUUUGGCCCCAACAGCGUGCCUCACUACGAAUGCGAAAAGUGUAAAGCAGUCUAUCCCACGGACGCCGCGAAUGGAACCGAAUGCAGGAAAUGUAAAAAUCCAAAAUCAAAGUCCUCUCCUCGUGCUCGGCCUCGCAAGGUGGAACCGAUACCCGACCCGGACGUGGUCAAGUCGAUACAGAUUAAACUGGACAGUCUCAAAGUCACGUAG